CUUCACACAUAUUCUCCUUGCAGAACAGGAAGUAUGAAGAGUGCCGGCAACAACAGACCCAACAUCUCAAAGUGACACAACGGUUGCGAGCUAAAUCGCACAGGUCUUUUAAGUCGUGUAAGCGCAUCCAGCUGCGUGCCGCUCUUGCCAGUUUGCUGAUGUGAAAGAUGAGUGACGCCUUGGAGAGGACCACAGAAGGUCCCUCGCUGCCUCUUGCGGACGACCCCGGCCAAGACGAGGAGGGAAACGGCCCGACAAGCUCCAGCGAGUUACGCUGGGAGGAUGAAGGUCUCCCCAUGGAGCUGCAGAGAGGGAUGGAAACCCUGCGAGUGAACAGGGAACUGACCGAUGUGGUCCUGUGCGUUCAGGGACACGACUUCCCUUGCCACAGAGCCGUGCUGGCCGCUGCCAGUCAGUACUUCAGGGCCAUGUUUUGCAGUGGUCUGAGGGAGAGUCAUGAGACGCGUGUGGAGAUGAAGGGCUUGGACAGUGGGACGAUGGGCUGUCUCCUGGAGUACACCUACACCAGUCAAGCCCUCCUUACAAACGCAAAUGUCCAGAGAAUACUGGAGGCUGCCAGUCAAUUUCAGUUUCUGCGCGUGGUGGAUGCGUGUUCCGACUUUCUGAGCAAGUCUCUGAGCCUGGACAGCUGCGUCGGGAUCCUGAAUCUGGCCGAAAGCCACGCCUUGCCGGCGCUGACGGGCCGGGUCCGAGACUACAUCGCCGCUCAGUUCUCCCAGGUGGUGCAGCAGCAGGACUUCCUGGAGCUGCCGGGCGAGUCGCUGGAGGCCGUCCUCCGCAGGGACGACCUCGACGUGAAGAGCGAGGAGCGCGUUUUCGAGGCGCUCAUGCGCUGGGUCAGAGCCCGGCAGGAGGAGCGCUGCCCGUCUCUGGCCAGCUUGCUUGCACUCGUGCGGCUGCCGCUGCUGGAGCCUGCUUACUUUGUGGAAAAAGUGGAGUCAGAUGAGUUGGUUCGACGCUGCAGCGAGGCUUUUCCUCUGCUGCAAGAGGCCCGCCACUAUCACCUCACCGGCAGGGAGGUGGUCUCUGAACGAACAAAACCCCGCGUGAAGCACUUUCUGUCAGAGGUGUUCCUGAUCAUCGGAGGCUGCACCAAGGAUGAGCGCUUCGUCUCCACCGUCACCUGCCUGGACCCCCUCCGACGCAGCAGGCUGGAGGUGGCCCAGCUGCCGAUUACGAAGAUGGAGGACGAAUCCCAAAACAGGAAAUGGGUGGAGUUUGCCUGCGUCACCUUCCGCAAUGAGGUUUAUAUAUCGGGAGGUAAAGAGACACAGCAUGAUGUUUGGAAAUAUAAUGGGGCCCUGGACAAGUGGAUCCCAAUCGAGUCCCUGACAACCGGGCGCUGGCGACACAAGAUGGCCGUUUGUGGGGGAAAGGUGUAUGCGCUGGGCGGAUUUGAUGGAGUUCACCGACUCAAUAGCGUAGAGGCCUACGAUCCUUUUCACAAUCGCUGGAUGAAGGCGACACCUCUUGCAGUAGGCGUGAGCUCCUUCGCCGCUGCAAGUUUUGACAGGUGGAUCUAUGUGAUCGGUGGCGGGCCGAACGGAAAGCUGGCAACAGAUCGGGUUCAGUGCUGGGAACCUGGGACAGACAGCUGGGAACUGCGGGCGCCUAUUCCCAUCGAAACCAAGUGCACUAAUGCAGUCACCUUCAAGGACUGCAUCUACAUAGUCGGUGGUGCUAUGCAUGCCAUGUACUGCUACUCGCCCCUGUCCGACUCCUGGACCCUGGUGACCCGUCCAGGCGAGAGGGCGAGCUGCGCCAUCGCUGCCUGUAACAACAAGCUCUUCAUCACGGGAGGACGGGAUGACAAAAACCAAGUAAUCUCCACGGUGAUGUGCUGGGACUCCACCAAAGGGGUGCUGACGGAGGAGUGUGUUUUACCGAUGGGAGUGUCCCACCACGGCAGUGUGACACUCAUGAAGUCCUACACGCACAUACACAGAAUAACGCCUGCUUCUGAGGGCCAAUAACAUUGCUUCAAGUGAACAGCAGCGGGAGGGCGCCAAUUUUUUUGUCAUUUUAUGCCGCUUUGAGUGCGUCACUAUUUUAUAUGAUGAAAAUGUUAUGUAAUUAAUUGUUAUAGCAGUUUACAAUACAUGUUUUGUGGCUUUCAGUUCACAUAAAUCUAGGAAAAAACAUGCUGAGCAACAUGGUUGAUGAAAUGAACACAUGCAUAUCGCAAUAUCGGCACAAGGGGCCUUUUUUGGGAACCUUACUAAGCACUUACACUUGGACUUUUUUAUUGUUGUCACACACACAAACACACACACACUCACACAGGAACGUUUUUCCAUGACAGAAAUUACAUUGACUUGCAAUAAUUUCCAGUAGACACAUGUUUACUGCUAUGGGCCUAAUACAAAACUUUAAACAAGGGGAAUAAUACUAACUUCGUCAAUGUUUGUCAAACAAAGCACUGAAAAUAGUUGAAUAAUGAAUGAAAGACAACUGUGUGGCAGCCUGCUUAACCAGUUCGGCCCGUUCCUCAAAUUCCGGACACAUUUCUACCGGAAAAGAAUUUUCAGCAAAAAAGAAAGAAAGCCUCAAACGUCCAUAGAUAUAUAUAUAAAUCUAGAUGUCUAACGGCGGAGUGAAGAACGUCCGCACGUGGCGGCCAUCUUGGUACGGUCAGCUCGCUCCCCCAUUACAUUGUGUUGGUAGUGGUACAUGUACUUUAUAUAAUAAUAACUUGCUCAGUAUUUAAAGGGUUUGGUUUCUUAUGAACGUCAGAGAUGUAGUUAUGACACUACAUAGGUAUAAUGUUCCGGUUAAUGUCAUUUUUGUAUGAAAACCCGUAGUUAUAAUAUAUGCAGUGUCAUAAAUACAUUUCUGUGCAGGGUGGGGAUUUCAACAUGCAGGAUUUCUUGAUGUAUAUUUGUAAAGGGAAAUCUUAGAACGUAACAUACGUAUAUUCAUAGUAUGUAUGAAUGUGAUAACUACAUCUCUGACGUUCUUCACAAACAAAACCGUUUAAAUAUCGGUUGAAAAUUGAGCAAGUUAUGGUUAUUUUAGAAGUCUCACUACCAACACAACGUAAUGAGCGAGAGAGACAUCUAGCCUUUUAUAUAUCUAUCUCUAUGCAAACGUCAAACAAACGGUCACGCUUCCGGUUUUUUUCAAAAUAAAACGCACUGACAUAAAGUCGUAAUGCCCAGUAACAAAUGUUGGUAAAAUCACGAAAUCAAAUAAACCUUAUGUGUGUA